AUUUCCCCCUCGAUUUUUCCGACGAAAAUCCAGUUCCUCUAAGAUCCAGUACAAACACGAACACCGACGAAAAGAACAAGGAAAAAGAAUUGUAUAUAUUGAUAUAAAGAUGGAUCGGAGGAGGACUGGGAGUCCGGUGUAUGGGCGGCAAUGGAGCGGGGGCUCGAGCAGUUCGGGCUCGUCAUCGCCGGCGCACCCUCAGUCACGGUUUCUGGGAGGAGCUGUAGGUGGUGUCUCCACCAUCAAGCGCACCCAAAACGUUGCCGCGAAAGCAGCUGCUCAGCGUCUAGCUCAGGUAAUGGCUUCCCAGACACCCGAUGACGACGAGGAAGACGACGAUCUAGGGUUCCGGUUCAGUGCACCUCCUCUAUCUACUGGUUUCUCGAAUAAUAGUAGUACUUUACGGGCGAUCUCAGCCACUCGGCCUAAUAGAUCUCCGUCCCCUGCGUUAGGUCGGAAUUUUGUAGAGAAUGCGGCGUCUGUGCGGUCCACCUCGGCAGGGAGGCCGGCAGCGUCUGUGCGGUCAACGACGCCAACGUUGACGCCACCAAGUAGAACAUCUAUUAGGACUCCGAAUUCUAUACCUCCGAUUGAGCCUCCUAAUAGGAGUAGAGAUAAAAGAUUUACGGCACAUGUAGGGCAGCUCAAAGAAAAAGACACAAGUGAUCAGCGUGAAGCUUCUGCACUCCGCGAUGAACUUGAUAUGCUACAAGAAGAGAAUGAUGUCAUACUAGACAAGCUUCGUCGUGAAGAAGAGAGACGUGAGGAAGCAGAAGCUAGAGCGAGGGAGCUUGAGAAACAGGUUGCUGCUCUAGGAGAAGGAGUCUCUUUGGAAGCAAAAUUAUUGAGUAGGAAAGAAGCUGCAUUGCGUCAAAGAGAGGCUGAUCUUAAGGCUGCAAAACUAAGAAAGGAUGGAAGAGACGAGGAAAUUCUAGCCCUUCGUUCUGAACUUAAGAGAUUGAAAGAUGAGGCUGCAGCAGCUAUGGAACAGUUCCAUGAAGCAGAAUCUGAGGCAAAAGCUCUUUGCACCAUGACACAGCGAAUGAUUUUGACUCAGGAAGAGAUGGAGGAAGUUGUCCUGAAGAGGUGUUGGCUUGCUCGUUAUUGGGGGUUGGCUGUUCAGUAUGCCAUUUGCACGGAUAUCGCAGCAGUAAAGCAUGAAUAUUGGUCACACUUAGCUCCUCUUCCAUUUGAAGUAGUCAUUUCUGCUGGACAGAAGGCAAAGGAGGAAUCUUGGGAUAAAGAUGGGGGCAGUUCAGAUGGGACAAAACUUGCAAGGGAUUUGAGUAAUCUGACUGGGGAAGGAAAUAUUGAGAGUAUGCUUUCAGUUGAAAUGGGUCUAAGGGAAUUAGCUUCCUUGAAGGUCGAGGAUGCUGUUGUGCAAGCAUUAAGCAAGUAUAGAAGACCAGGAUUUGUUCGUCAAUUCAUUUCAGAUUCCAAAUCACCAGGGGCACCUAAGCCUGUGGAGGUCUUUGAAUUAAGUGAAGAGGAGGCAGAAGAUGUUCUUUUCAAAGAGGCCUGGCUGACAUAUUUCUGGAGAAGAGCCAAAGCACAUGGUGUGGAAGAGGAUAUUGCAGAAGAGCGGCUUCAGUUCUGGAUCAGCCGGAGCAGGCAGUCGCCUACUUCACACGAUGGAGUUGAUGUUGAUCGAGGUUUGUUUGAGUUAAGGAAGUUGGGAAUAGAACAGCUACUAUGGGAAGCAUCUCGGAAAGAAAUCGACGUAUCACCUUCUACAUCACUCACUAAUCGUAAACUUUCCAUUGAUUCAGAGUCAUCUUCAUGAUUUAUUUGUACUCUCUGUCUCUCUCCACGAAUGUUGCUUGGUGUCAAUUUUUGGAUGGUGUAUAUUUUCUUCUACUUCAUUUUUUUUUUUCAUAUUAAUUUUUUCAAGCUUGUGAAAAUGAAAUCUCAAUAGUUUGGUUUCUUCUAUGUAACAUUUGGUGUUACAGUUACAGUUAUUUCAUUCCAAUACUAAAAUCCUCUGUUUGCU